CAAAACGCAGGACCAGCAGCAUAAAAACACUAUUUUCUAACACUGCGCAGUCUCUGUCCUUACAAUCAUUUAACACUUAGAAUAAUCUUAAUGUUUUCCGUCGAAACGCACAAGAGCCAAAAGUUUGUCAAGCGGAAGUUCGCACUGUAGGAAAUCGGAAAAACUCAAAAGAGCGAGAAAUAUAUUAUUGUCGUUUAUCUUGCUGUUCAGCUGAAAAUAUUUAUAAAAAUGGACAGUCAUGUUAAAGAGGGACAACUAUACGUCCAGCAUCAGAAGUUUGGAAAGAAAUGGAAGAAGAACUGGUUCGUACUCUACCCAGCCAGUCAAAAUGGUAUUGCACGACUUGAGUUUUAUGAUUGCUCAGGUAGUGCCAGUGAUAAACCUAGCACAAAGAAAAUGGACAAGAAGAUCAUACGGCUGUCAGAAUGCAUCAGCAUACUUCCUGCUGUCACUGAAAGCUGCCCCAAAGAAACCAUGGCUGCCUUUUGUGUGGAGACCAAUGAAAAGACGUUUGUCUUUGCGGCUGAAAAAAAUGUUACCAAUGAUUGGGUGGAGAAGAUGUGUGAGAUUACUUUUCAGGGAGGAAGUGGUUCACUUGGUAGUUCUGACUCAAAUGGACAGCAGGAGCUUCAAAUGGCAGAAAAUCUCAUUUAUUACUCCAGGGAAGAAGUUAAUGAAUUUUUGGUGACUGUUCAAAGGACUGAAGCAUCAGAGCGCUGUGGUCUGUCUGGUAACUACUGGCUCAGGGCUAACAUGGACAACCUUAUCUUGAAGGAUCCCAAGACUAAAAAGGAUUUACUUAUAUGGCCCUACAAGCUUCUCCGUCGCUAUGGAAGAGACAGAGUUAUGUUCUCCUUUGAAGCCGGUCGACGCUGUGAAUCUGGCCCAGGGAACUUCACUUUUGAGACAAAGCAGGGAAACGAGAUAUUCCACAUUGUUGAGGAAUCCAUUCGUGAGCAGAAAGCCCAAGCUGAAGAACGACACCAAAGCUGUCCAUCAUUAGACUCUGACUGCCCAGCUCUCCAGCAAAUUCGUGCUGCCAUCUCAGAAGCAAACAGUCGUGAACCAGAUGGAGAUUCUGGUGGUAGCAAGCCUGGGUCCGCAGAUGGUGUCUUUGGUCGUAAGGAGAACGAUGGGAAAAAUUUAAAGGUCCGAAGCCUUCCAGAGCCACCACCCCCAGUUGGUGGAACCCCACCUCGUUCUCCCAUGCCUCAUGGCUCCAAAAAUCAGUUAGAUGAGCAAGCCAGUCUGUAUUCAGAGCCUGCUGACUCGGUGCGUGCACCACCAAGUCUAGGAGACUGUUUGUACUCAGACCCGGUGGACAGUAUCAAAGUCAUGCCCCUUCCGAACUCCCGCAUCAGACCGGCUGGUGAGGAGGGGGGAAGCCACAACCAAAGCAUGAAGCCUGAUCCUUUCUACUCAGACAUCUAUGAUCAGAUCAGUCUGGACUUGAUUCAGAAAACAAUGGCAUUGGGACUGGAUGGGCGGAGCAGGCACCCAGCAGAUGGUGGUCCAACAGAACACAUCUACGAUGAACCAGAGGGACGAGCUGGAUCUUCACAGCCCGUUAUCACGCUUUAUGAUGAAGCACGUUUGGAUGCGCAUUCCUGGAGAAACAGGGCAAGGGAGGAGUCUCAAUGUCAAGAGAUGGCCCAACAGCCAUUGCCAAUGGCCAGACCAAAAGGCCCAAAACCUGUCACAGCACCCAAACCAGGCAAAGUAUCACUGGGCAAAAAAGAGCCUCCACCGCCGCCUCAGAUUAAAGGCAGUGCUAACCUGAACAACAAUAACAGUAGCAAAAGAUACGAUAACAUGGAAGCUGGUAGAAGAGAUGCUGGUGCAGGAAACAACAUGGAGCUUUACAGUAAAGUAUCUAGACAUCAACCACCAUCAAAUGUGUGGCAUCCUAGCAUGCAGUCUCCAGACAUCAUCUAUGACAACUUAGGUGACAUUUGACAUUUAGGCAGCACGGUCUGCUUUUCCUUAGCCCUUAGAAAGCUGUGGAUGAAGGACAUGCAUCUCAUGGUUAAAAAGGGAAGUCCCAGUGUGUGCGAAUGAAACUGUAGUCACUGACUGUCAAAAUGAAUGAGAGCUAAGAUUAUAGUGUUUGUGCUCUCCAAAAGGGCUUGUGCUACAGUUUGCACUUCUUGGGCAAAGCAGGCCUGUAAAUCUGCGUCUUUGCCUUUCAUAUCAGAAGAGAUUUUAAAGCACUUGUCGAAACACUCGGUUCUCCUGCUUGGGCCGUUUUGAAUGUUGUUGAAUGAACAUUAUCUGACAAAUCCAGUUUAAAGGUCGAAGUGCAGAGAAAAAGGUCAGUUAUUGCACAUACAAGGAGAUUGUAGUAAAUGUAUACUAAUCUACUGCUGUGUGCGUGUGUUUUAUAUGUACGUGAGUAAAUCAGCAGCUGUGCUGUUGUUUAACAUUAUGAUAAUUAAAAACACAGUAGCA